UUGUUUUAAGAACAUCAAAUAUCCGCAGGGAAACUAUCAGCCAAUAGUUCCUCGAUAGAAAUACUCUAGUGCUUAAUUAGAGUGCAGUGGCCCCAGUUGUCUAUGAAAUAGCGAUGUUUUUUUUGUUUUCCCGAAGUUUUGGAGGAAAGUUUAGAUCCAAAUGGAUAAUUAAGUUCCUAAGAAGACUAUAGGAAGGACACUAACGUUUUUUUGUGUAGAUAACUGCAAAUCUCCAAUGACGAUUCAGUCUGUGUGAUUUUGUUAAAGCAUGUUAAAGCUUAAUAAUACAAAGAAAAAUAAUUGGAAACCAAUUAUCUGCAUUAAUUUCAGUUAGGAUUCUACUAAAACUAUUAGAUUAUUCGCUCUCAAUUUCUGUGAGCUGAUGGUUGAUUCCGCCUACAGUCUCAUCAACUAUCACCUCGUAAUCUAAUUGUUACAUGGUAACCUGAAGACUCUAUUCACUAUUUACUUUGAAUGAAUGGUAUCCUUCUAGUACAAAGAAUGCUCGCUUAUCAUGGAAAUCUAAUUGGUAAAUCAUGCAUCACAUGCUUGUAAAAUAGCAAAUCAUGGAUCACGUUAUGAUGUUGGGUCCUGUGUCAUGUGGCUAAUUUGGUCUCAAUCAGGCCUCACACUGCUAAUUUUAGAGCCAUCACACGUAACGUGAAAACUCUUUGCUACCCUCUAAUAGGGUGAUAGACCAACAGUUGGUCGUGAUAUUUGUUCAUUUGCUGUUCUCUUUUCCUUCUAAAUUCAGUUUUCAACUUAUUUAGCACUCAGUACCAUAAUAUUAGUAGGAGCAACAGGGUUGAGUGAAGCUGUUUGGCAGUAGUCUAACUAAUGCUUAGGAGAUCAUAUGUCUGCAUGUAUUCCGUUGUUAAAUUUCGUCUUGUAGAAUUUGACGCUUCUGAAAUUUGCUAUUAUUUUGAUGUUUGUUUUUUGUGGUUUGUUGCUCUUGAGAGAUAUUCUAAGGUGUCACUUUCGCUAUUCUAGGCAGAACUACAAGCUAGGUGUUUCAGGGUGUUCUUUGGCUCCAUUGCAGGAUUUACCUCAAGCACCCCCAUGUCCACCAUGGGCUGCACAGUUGUGGCAAAACCAUCCAUUUUGGUUUGCUACUGGUCUUGCUAGCCUCUCUUUUUUUUUUCUAAGAAAAAAUUAUUUAUUUCAUACACAACAAGUUACAAAACACUAUUUACAUGUAAACUAUACUACUAAUAAAGUAAUACUUAUACUGUUAACAAUAUGGUACUAAAACAGCUUAAAGAAAUAUGAAACUACUUAGAAUACGAUAUUACUAACAAAACAAUACCUAUACUACUGAGAACAAUACUAAUACUACAAUACAAUACAGUUACUGACAUAUUGAUAAAUUUAAGUCACAAAUAGAUACCAACAAUAUUUGUAUUUGCACAGGUGUCCUCCAAUAGUUUUUUGAAAGAGUUGGACCAUUUUUCAGUAAAAUAAAGUAGUUAUUUGUCGUAAUCACAAUGUAUUUUUCUAAUUCAAUUUUUUUUUUAGUAUGGCUCGUCACAUAGUCUUUCCUUCUCAAUGAAGGAAAGAUUGCAUGAUGAGCCAUAAGGACUUCUAUGUAGGAUGCCACUGGCCUACCUAACAGAUUCUUCGUUUUCUUUAGCAUUGUACUUUCCAAAGGUACACAGAUGGCCUAUUCCAGGCUCACAGUCAGUGGGUGGGUGACAAGCGGGGUCUGGGAGAGAAAAGGAGAGGACCAGGAAUAGGCUAGUACAAAGAUGGUAGCAAAAUGAACUAGAUUUGGAAGCCAACUUUCUUUAUGGCUGCACCAACAGUAACAUCAACUAAAGAGACAACAAAUUAUGCGCGGUUGUGUCGUCUUCUUAUCGAUGUUGGAUCAGACGCCCUGAGACACAUUUUUGAUGGCAUUCACCCACCGGCAAAGCUUUCCUCAGUUUUGGCUAGUGCCACUGUUCGUAAAAAUCUACUAGCACUUAGCAAGAAAAGAGUCCUUAACCCAAAACAGUGGAACAUACUGUACCCGUCUGCCACUGCAAUGGUGUCAUCAAAGCAGUUUGACAUCACUCUUUUGAGUGUUCUUUUGAGAAACAUCUGUGGGUUAAGUCCUCCUACAACAACUAGCUCGUGGGACAAACUUCCUCCUGUAACAGACAUCAGUCCUGAAGCAGACAUGGUUCGCGUAAAGUAUUUUCGAAACACCGUGUAUGGUCAUGCAGAACAGGCCUCUGUUGAUGAUGUAACGUUUAAUAACCAAUGGACGGACAUCCGGGACGCACUCGUGAGAUUGGGAGGACCAAGUUAUGGAGUUGCUAUUGACAAAUUGAAGACUGAGGGUAUGGAUCCUGUAGCUGAAGAAGAUUAUAAAGAUCUACUGAAACAGUUAAAGAAAGAUGAUGAUGACGUCAAGGAUAAACUAGAUGAGAUGUCCAAGAAGCUCGAUGAUUUGGCAAAAGAGAAAGAGGCCUCAAGAGUGCAGCGAUCUCGGGACGACAGUGAACUCAAAAGUGAGUUACCAGACGAGCCCGCCAAUAUACAUGGCCAUGUAACGGAGGUCAACGACAUUGUUCAAGCCCUCUCAGACAACAGCAGCAAGGCAGUUGCAGCAGUCCUUGUCAGUGGAAUUUCAGGAAUUGGAAAAACUACUGUUGCGAUUCAAGCUUGUCAUCAGCUAGCAAGCAAGCAUGGCAGCAUCGUCAAGUUUUGUUCUUUGAGAUUUGUUCAGUCGGGUGAAGAGAGUGGUGAUCAUGAGGAGAGUAAAGGGGAAAGAGAGCUGAGGGAGAUUUUGAACGUGUGUGUACCAGGUCAUCAACAGACCAAUGAGAACCCCAGACAUGUCUUACUUAACUGGUGCAGGCGACUUGAACAUGAGCUAAUACUUGCUCUUGACAAUGCAGAAGAUGCAAUGGAAGAGGAUGUUAGAGACUCUUUUAUUGAAUUGUUAAAAGAGAUGAAGAAGUGCUCACAGUCCAAACUCAAGUUCCUGAUCACUUCAAGACGUUCAGACAUUGGUCGUGCCACGGGUUUGAACGUCAAGGCUAUCAAACUAGGCCCCUUGGAUUUAGAGGACAGCAUUGAAGUUCUCAAGACUGACGCUAAAUUGGAAUCUAAAUCUGAGGACCUGCGGGAUAACUUGCAACAGAUAGCCGAACUCUGUGAGCAUAUCCCAUUGGCACUUCAACUAGCGGGUCAUCUCCUUUCAUCAGAGUCUGAAUAUACUGUUGAAGAACUUAUUCAACAGCUACAAAACAACCCUACAAAAACACUUGGGUGUGAACGAAUGAUGGAAAUAGCUUUUGAAAAACUAGACGAGUCGUUGCAAUCAGCUUUAGUUUGCCUUUCUGUGUUCGUUAGAUCUUUUGACAGGAAUGCAGCAAAAACAUUAUUAGGCAUUGACUAUGCUGAAUACUUAAUGAAGUUGAAAGAAAGGUGUCUGAUACAGAAACGGGAUGACCGAUACCUCAUUCACUUAUUGAUUAGAAGUUACGCAAGACAAAUUGGAAGAAAGAAGCUUCCCCACAUUCUGGCGCAUGGCCAACAGGCAUUUCUUGAGUACUUUUUGUCUCUGAUUUUAAGUAAUGCCAAGGCAUAUUGGGGAAAAGAUACAUGUAAAGACUCUUUUGAUCUGUUUAAUGCAGAAAGGCUUAAUUACGAGUCCGCACUUAGGGAUUUCAGCAACAGGAAAAUCAGGAACUGUAAACAACUGGAAGAUGUUGUCAAUGACUGUCGGCUGGUGGCACCUUACAUAGGAACGUGCGUUCCUAUUAAUCUUUAUGAAGACUUCUUGAAAGGUCUUCAACAUUUUGCCAAACUUCAAGAGAAAGUAAUCCACAGAGUGGAAAUUUUGUGCCUUCGUUACCACGAAGGAAGGAAACGUGGUGGUGCCAGGAAGGAGUUGCAAGAGAAAGCAAUUAAAUUGCAUGACGAAAAUAGCGACCUUUUUGAACAAAACGGUUUGUCUGAGGUAUUUUAUGCCAGCCAUUUUGCUAGAUACCUCUUACAAGAUUGUAAUCGAGGAGAGGAAGGACAACCUGUUUUGAAAAAGGCACUUUCAGUUUAUGAAAACGAAAAAGCUGAAAGUUUUGAAAAGGAAAAUCCUGAAUCUACAUACGAUGUGGCAAGAAUUCAGGGGCAAAUGGGGCAUAACGCAAAAACACAGGGAAGAACCGAGGAGGCUUGUGAAAACUAUUUAGAAGCUUUAAAGCUUCUAAAGGACGGUUACGGCAAUCACAUUUUGACUGCGUUUGCACACAAAGAUGUGGCAGAUUCGUAUUUGUACGUUCAUCAAUAUUCUAAGGCGGAAGAAAACUACCAGAAAGCAAUGGGAAUUUUGGAAGAGAUGCAAAAAGCGGACCACAGAGAAGCAAUUCCAGUCUUUAAAAACUGGGGAAUCUGCUUUGAAAAGUCUUGUAAGUUUGACCAAUCCCGCGAAAAGUACGAGAAGGGAAGUGACAUUGCUGAAAACACUAUUGAGGGAAAUCACAAAUGGAAGGUUUGGAUCAAAACCUACUUGGCAUUGCUUCUUUACACAAGAUACCCAGAGGACGUUAGUACAGCUAACAGAAUUGCCAGGGAAGUUCUUCAAAUGGGAAAAGAACUUAAAUUGAAGGACUGGCCGAUGAAGAAAGAACUUGAGGAAAUGUGUAAAACUCAUUAGACAAUUUGAGAUGAGAUUUAAAAAUUUCGAUGAUUUUUGUACUAUUUUCUAGUUUUUCUGUAGUGCUACCUUCUUUUAGUAAUCAUUUAAAUACGUAGCAGUAGAAUCUUGUGUAACGGCCACUCGUUGAUGGGGCUGCCUCAUCAUUAUGGCCACUUCAAUUACUUAAACAAAGUAAGAGAUCAGCCAGUAACUGUUUCUAAUCGACCUUCCGCUUCUUCUCCAAUUCGAAAAUAAGCUUUGCUAUAAAAUACUACAAAGGGAAUGUCAUUAGAAUACAUAGCCUGUAGUCUCUAAGGAGAAAGCUUGAAACCAGAAUGGUCGACGUCCUACACAGAGCAGUUUAUUGGGACCUUUACCGUUCCUCAUUUUUACAGUUAUCGUUUUAUUUAGUGUAGUUUGAGAGUUAAGGACAAUGGGAAAUCCUCAUCAGGAAGACAAAAGGUGGCCGCGGCCGCUCAGUAGAGGUAGCCGGUUAAAAAGGGUUUUAUUCACAGUAUUUCCUGACAAUAAUCUCGGGACUUUGAUAACUAGCUGCUCAAUGAGGGAUGGCCGCUUAACACUGGUUCGACUGUAUAACUUAUUAUGGCCAGUACGGUUACAUCGACAAAAAAUAGGUAGUUGCAACUAAGGCAAGGUCAAGAAAUGCUGUCGAUGGACAGUGUUAUAGAAUUCACUGAACGAUUGAAUAAAUUUCAUUGAUUAUUACACAUUGAACUCACUAUCUCUUUUCUGAUUGGCCGAAAGCGUACAGUGAAUUUUCGAAAUCAGCGCCUGUGACGU